ACGUUGACUGCCACGCGUGUUUACAACAAAAUCCCCGUCAGGCCACCCGUGCCACUGUAAGAUGCGUGCUCUGCUACCGCAUGUCUGUUUACAUUUCUUUCGAAAUGAAAAAAAUGAAUGAAUAAUGAAAUGAAUAAUGAAAAAAAUGAAUAAUGAAAAAAAAAGAAACCCCGAUAUCUAUUACGAUCCUCAUUUAUCACGUUAUUACUCUGCACGAGCAGUUGUAAUCUUUGCCGUKUACUGAGUAGUACAACUAAUAUCUCUGCCCAUAAUUUUUCAAUAGUGAAGAGAAAGAUGAAAAAGUCAGUGUGCAGUGAUUCAUAUYGCAGUGAAAGGAAGACUAGUCACGCUAGUUGCUCAAAUUCGGAUAGCAGCGAUGAGGAAGUGAUCAGAUUGCCCAAAAGAAGAAAAGUAAAUCGUAUCAUAUCAUCAGAUUCUGAUACGGAUACGGAUAAAUGCAAUCUUAGUGAUAAUGAAUAUUAUGAAGAUACUAUUGACGAGAUGUUACGAGAUUUGGUCGUGGAAGAAGAAAGCAACGUUGAUGAUACUGAGGAAGCUCCAGUUCAACAAAGUGAAUGGAGUGAAUUUAGUGGUCGGCAAAAAUCAAUUUCUUUUCAAGAAACAGGCGGUCUGAAUAAGCAAUUACCUGACGAUAUAAAUCCGUAUUGCAUCGCCGUUCGCAGAAAUAAUUUGGGGAAAAGCCUUAGACGCGCAUGCAAGCGGUGUUACGCAAAUAAAAGAGAAGAACUGGAACGAUCAAAGGCACGAGCAAAUCUCAGAAAACCCGCUACUUUUUGUCCAAGCUGCCCUGGUCAACCGCAACUUUGCAGUGAAUGCUUCAAUAUUUUGCACUGUAAAUAAUUUUGUUAAUAAACGAUUUUUAAAAAAAUUCAACAGUAUUAUUAUCUCCUGUCAYAUAUUUAUCUAAAUAUGUUCGGAAAUCCUUUGGAAGGAGUCACCCGACGUGGCCUGAUGAGAACUCUUGCUGUCACCCGAAUACGGGUGACGUGGCCUGAUGAGAACUUUUGCUGUCACCCGAAUACGGGUGACACGGCAGUUAA